UGGAACAUCCAACCUUCUUCAGGGAAUCUGCACACAUAUAUAAGUAAUUAGCAACCUCUCUUUCCAUAACUCCAAACUACAACAUCUGGGUAUCAUUUGAUCAUGUGUUUUGCUUCCCCAAAAUGAGGCACCAUUCAUAUCUCACACUAGCCCUUUGGGGCAUCCUAAUAUUCUUCUCUAAACCAUCUCAUCAGGCUUCUUAUUCUCCGUCUCCACCCAUCCUCAACCCUAGACUUCUGGAUGCUUUCAUAGCGCUCCAAGCCUGGAAACAUUCAAUCAUCUCUGACCCUAAAAACUUUACCUCAAACUGGUAUGGUCCAAAUGUCUGCAACUAUACAGGAGUCUAUUGCGCACCAGCCCCAGAUGACCCUCACACCACAACAGUGGCAGGUAUAGACUUAAACCAUGCCAACAUAUCUGGCUAUCUGCCAGAAAAGCUCGGUCUCCUCACCGACUUAGCUUUAUUCCACCUUAACUCCAACCGCUUCUGUGGCACCAUCCCUGAUAGUUUUCGCCAUCUUCGCCUUCUCUAUGAGCUUGACAUUAGCAACAACCAAUUUAGUGGUGAAUUUCCUUAUAUUGUUCUUUAUCUGCCUUCGCUCAAAUUUCUUGAUAUUAGAUACAAUGAGUUCCAUGGCAAUGUCCCUUCUAAACUAUUCGAUAUAAAUCUUGAUGCCCUUUUCAUCAACAACAACAAAUUCAAUUCAUCCUUGCCUGACAACUUUGCUAACUCUCCAGUAUCAGUGGUUGUAUUGGCCAACAAUAACAUUGGUGGUUGCAUUCCUUCAAACUUGGCAAAAAUGGCAGGGACGCUCAGCCAAAUACUCCUCAUGAAUAUGGGACUGACUGGUUGUCUGCAGUCGGAUAUAGGGUUGCUAAACCAAGUGAAAGUUUUUGAUGUAAGCUUCAACAAGCUUGUGGGUACAUUGCCAGACUCUAUAGGAGAAAUGAAAAUGUUGGAGCAGCUAAACGUGGCACACAACAAACUCUCUGGCGAGAUACCGGAAAGUAUAUGCUUAUUGCCAAAGUUGGAGAACUUCACAUACUCUUAUAAUUAUUUCUGUAGUGAGCCGCAUGUUUGCCUCAAGUUGUCAGCCAAAGAUGAUCGGAAAAACUGCAUACCUGAUAGACCUUUGCAGCGAUCACCUGAGGAAUGCAAGGCAUUCUAUGCUUAUCCAGUUAAGUGUGAUGCAUUUGGCCGGUGUUCACCUAGAAGUCCACCACCACCUCCUCCUCCUCCUCCUCCUCCUCCUCCUCCACCCCCUCCUCCUCCACCUCCACCCCCACCCCCACCACCUCCUCCUCCUCCUCCUCCUCCACCCCCACCCCCACCCCCACCCCCACCUCCUCCUCCACCUCCACCCCCUCCUCCUCCAUCACCUCCACCCCCACCCCCACCUCCUCCUCCUCCGCCUCCGCCACCAGUGCAUCAUUAUCAGUAUCCUUGACCUGGGUGGAGAUUAAUUAUAUUAAUAAGCAAAUUGAUUUCUUUCAAUUGUGGUCCCCUUCAUCAGAGAAAAAGGGGGACAAAGAAAAAUAAAUAGCGUGCGGAUAUAGAUUUGUUUGUCAUAUAUAUUUUUUAACUUCUUGUCAACGAAUGAAAAUUGCCUGACUUUUUAUCAUUUGAAUGAUUGUACAUUUUUGCUGAUUUAAUGAACAAUAAUAAUGUUUCUUCUUCGAUA